AUGUAUAAAAGAGAAACUAGAAAUAGGUUAUGCGAGCUUCUAAUUUUAUUAGGUUAGGAAGAAAAGUACUUAGAGGAUUACAGAUAGGUUUUAUGCCAAGAGUAAGAUUUUGAACCAUUCAGUGCCUUUAAAAGAAUAGAUAGAAAGAGACAAGGAUUCAUACUUGCUUCAGAUAUUUAGGAUUUUUUGUCUUCAAAUGGAGCAUUUUACGAAUUAAGAGAUUGCUAAACAUAUAUUUAUUAAUAUGAUAUAGAUUUAGAUAAUAAGUUAUCUUACAUGGAGUUUUUGAAAUCAUUACUUCCGUUUGAUAAUCCCGAGUUAAGAUAAGAAGUUACUUAGAGGCCUUCUUACGAAAUCGAACCAGACGACUUACUUCCAUAUGAUGUUGAAAAUGCAUUGCUCAAAUUUAUUGAAAAAGAUAUUUACAUAAACAAAAAAAUUGAGAAUCAUAAAAUAUUGCUCCACAAAUGCAGUGGAUUUAGUGCUAAAGAUGCAUUUAGUAGAAUCGAUAGAAGCAACGAAGGAGACAUUAAUUUCACAAAUUUAUCAGAAUAUAUGACAGAUUGUGGGUGUGAUCUAGAAAAUUAAGAAGAUUUAAUCAUUAAUAUUUUGAGGAGAUUAGACAGAGAUGAUGAUGGAAGGCUAAACCUUGCAGAAUUUAUCCUUGGUAUUUAACCUUUACAAAUAAACUUAGAAAGACUUAAUAGAAGAACUAAUGAUUAAAGUAUUCUUGAGAAACAACUAAAUCAAAGUACAGCUUCAGCUUUAAAUAGAAGCAUAAUUAACAAAAGUAUUUUAAAUAAGAGUACAAAUAUACAACAGGCAUCUAUAAAUGCAAUUAAUAAUAGCUAGUUUUAUGCAGGAAAAGAUGCUUCUUAAUUAGAUUUAACCUAUUCAAGGACGAUCAAUAAUUUGAUGAAUAGUCAUACUCUCAAUAAAAAUCUUAUUCUUGAAAAACUUUAGAACAAACAUAAUUAAACAAACACAAGCUUUAGAAAUUUUAUAUAAGAAAAUAAAAAAGUUGACUUUAAUGUAAGGAAGAACAGGAGCUUUUCGAAUAUUGAUAAAGAAGAAUUAACAACUCCUACUCUUGUACUUAAAUAAGAUAAAUUCUUCUAAAAGAAAGGAAUAACAAAAUAUAUGAAUUCUGAGAUUUUUAAGCAACUAAAGGAAUUGAUUUUAAUUUUUAGAGAAAUAAUUAACUUUGAAAAGGAAAUAGAAUUAUGCAAAUAAAAUUUAGCAUUAUGUCCUGAUUUUAAUCUUUAAGAUGCGUACAGGGUCUUCGAUUCUUAAAAUAAAGGACUUGUUACUCAGUCUGAAUUUCAAGAAACUUUAUCUUCUUUGAACAUCUUCUACAAUAUAGAAGAUAUUUUUCUCUUUUACAGGAAAUUCGAUAAAGAUCACGAUGGUCGUUUAAGGUUCUCAGAUUUCAUCGAUGCCUUUUUACCAAAACAAAAGGAGUAUGCUAAAAUGAUAAAUUGUAGACAGCCAAUAAACAAAUAAAACUUACUUGAAUAUCAUAAAGUAUUUUAAAAAGAAACUAGAUUGAAUUUCGAAAAGUUACUAGAUACUCAUCUUUAAUAUGGAUUUACAGUUGAAAGGAUGCUUUAAAAUUUGCAUGGAGCAUAUGAAAACUUUGAAUUGCUAAGACUUUUUGAGUUGAUUGAUUCCGACGAUGAUGGAUACAUCUUGUUUAAUGAUCUGAGGAAAUCUAUAGAAUUACAAGGGUUCUCUGUUAGUGAAAAAGAGUUGGGAUACCUAUCAGACAGAUUCUGCAAUCUUUAAGAAGGGAGAAUUCCAUUUUAAGUAUUUAUAUAAGAGUUAACACCCUAGCUUUAAUUCUGA